ACAACCCUUCAAUUAUCCAAAAUCCAAAAAUCGAAUAUUCAAAAAAGCACUUUUUUUACAGACAACUUAACUUGCAACUUGCAAUACGCCCACAGACACAGAAGUGAAAAAAGACAGAAAAGAUUGCAACUUUUGAUAUUUCUUAUGGUUGAAUGCUUGUUUGGACCAAAACCCAUUUUUCGUAAUAGUGAUUUUCUUUGGUUUCUCCGUCGGUUCAUCUUGUUGGUCAAACAUCUGCAACGAUUGGCAAGCAUUGGUUCUUUUCAAAUCCGGUGACAUUCAAUUAGCAAUAACCGUAACAAAGCUCGGAGAGGUACUUCUAAUCUUUAGAAGGAUAUAAUUAUAAGAAUUCAUCCUAGAGUUAUCGUUGGAGGCGAUGGAGAUUUGUGCUGAAACUACGCAUUCCAAUGGGAAACAAACUUUGAAGCAUUCUAAAUCUGCAAUUGAAGUAAAAAGAUCAAGCGAAAACACCUAUAGAUAUUUUCAUUCCAAUAAUGUGAAGCAAAAUUUAAAGCAAACUUCCACUUUUGUCAAUCACGCUGCAAAUGCUUGGCAUGAGAAUAGAAAAAAGUGGGUUGGCGAUAAGUCUCAGAAUUCACCAAGAACGCCAAAGGAUCCAAUUAUUAGCUGGUCAACAUCAUAUGAAGAUCUGCUUUCUACUAGCGAACCUUUUGCGGAGCGCAUACCAUUGUCUGAGAUGGUAGAUUUCUUAGUUGACAUUUGGCUUGAUGAAGAAGGCUCCUUUGACUAAACAGUAACUGAAACAAGAAUCAAGAACUGUGUAAAGCCUUUAACCUGCAAUGACCUCAAUUAACCUCUUAGCACAGCAUGAUUUGAUGGCGUAAUAUUGAUAUUCUCCAGGGUUAGUAUUUUUUAUCGUAAUCCCGAUUUUCAAUUUAUGUACCUCGAUCUCUUAGGAGACUCUGCUCGAGUCUUGUUUCCCAGAGGCUUUUAAAAAGUUACUAUUCUUCCAAAAUUUAUCUAGUAGUAAGUUUUAUUUUGCUAGUAAACAGAUUUGUAUUUAUUCAAGUUAAUAUCAAUGAAUUAAAUACAUGUUUUGAUUUAA